AGAAGGAAGUGAGAUGCUAAAGCUAGCUGCAGCUGAGUGUCCAUUAAGAGGAAAUGGAUCCUGGCAGCCAAUCAGACGGAAGAGUUUUCACUUCGAUCCUCAGUCUGAAGCAAAAGAGAAGGACUCACCUCCGGAUGGUUUGUCUGCUGAUGCUCCAAGUGGAGAAAGAAAGGAGGGAAAGAUGGAAGGAGGAAAGGAGGAGGAGCUUGGAUCACAAUCAUGGAAUAUUCUUCUUCCCAUCUCCCAGUUUGGACCAACAACUGUCCCCUAUAAGGAAACGACGAAGAUGAAGAACAAAGCUAGCAGUGCUCCAGUGAACAUGAGGAGACGUUUAUGGUCAUGGCAAAACUAUCUGAACCAGGAGAAUGCUGAAGCUGCUCCUCUGGCACUCUUUACCCAGUCCCAGUCAUAUCCCAGUAAGAAAAACGGUUUUAAAGUUGGGAUGAAGCUGGAGGGAAUCGACCCGCUGCAUCCUUCCAUGUUCUGUGUACUGACUGUUGCCGAGGUGAUUGGCUACCGGCUCCGCCUCCACAUUGAUGGCUACUCGGAGUGCUAUGACUUCUGGGUAAACGCAGACUCGCCUGAAAUCAAACCAACAGGCUGGUGUCAAGGCAACAAACACAGACUCCACCCGCCCAAAGGUUCUAGUGAGUCCGAGUUUGAUUGGCCACAAUAUCUUCAGUCCACUGGCGCUCAGGCGGCGCCCACAACCCUCUUCACUUGUCGCAUGGCCUCAUGUGACUUCCAUGUUGGGAUGAAGUUGGAGGCGGUGGACAAAAAAAACCCAGGACUCGUCUGCGUUGCUUCCAUCGCCGACGUCAUCGACGACCGCUUCCUGGUUCAUUUCGACAACUGGGACAACUCCUACGACUACUGGUGUGACAGAAGCAGUCCGUACGUCCAUCCUGUGAGCUGGUGUCAAGAACACGGGCGACCUUUGACCGCCCCGCAGGAUCACCCUGACCCUGAGAACUUUACCUGGGAGGAAUAUCUGCGAGAAACUGCGUCCAAGGCUGCUCCGAGAUCAGCUUUUACUACGAGAGGUCCACACGGCUUUCAAAUCAACCAAAGACUGGAGGCGGUUGAUAAGAGGAACCCCAUGUUGAUCCGUGUUGCCACGGUAACUGCAACAGAGGACUAUAGAGUGAAGGUGCACUACGACGGAUGGUCGCAUCAUUUUGACGUCUGGUGUGACAGCGACCUGUGUGACCUUCAUCCAAUCGGCUGGUGUCAGCGCACAGGACAUCCUUUGGAACCACCACCGGAGUGGUCCACCCCCUCUCAGGGCGCGUGUCCUACAUCAGGCUGCAGAGGAGUGGGACACAUCAAAGGACCCAAAUACACCGGACACCACAGUGCCUUCGGAUGUCCCUAUUCGGACAUUAACAUGCGUAAGGAGUUGGCGCUCCCUGACAGGCUUGGAGGUGUUGCUGUGCAUCACCAUGGCAACCAGUCAGAAGACAGGGGGAGUAUUGAGGUGAAGGCGGAGUACAGAGACUCUCCGCUGGCUCCUCUUGUGAAGAGAAGAAGAUUGAGUGACAGGACAACACAGGAUACAAAAUUGUUCUCAGUGAAACAGGAAGAGGAGGAGCUACAUCAUGAAGGCCUCGGUGCAGCAGCUCCAGAGUCCAGCCUGCAGGCCGUCCUCCAUCAGUCUGUCUUCCUGUCCUCUGUGACGUCUCAGCCGAGCAGCGAUCUGUCGCUAUGCUGGGAACAACACCGUAAACUCCUGCCAGGAGUCGCCGGAGUUCAUGCCAGCGCUGUGCGGCACUGGAGCGUGCAGCAGGUGUCGGAAUUUAUCGAGUCACUUCCUGGUUGUGAGGACUUGGCCAAACAAUUCAGCGACGAGCAAAUAGAUGGGCGGGCUUUCCUGCUGCUCACCCAGCGAGACAUAGUUAGAAUCAUGUCAAUCAAACUCGGCCCCGCGCUCAAGAUUUACAAUUCCAUCCUGAUGUUCAAACACGCGGAACACACAUCUCACGACAGGGACAAGAACCAAUCAGGGGACGUGGACGGGAACGAAUCAAACGACAUAAAACAAUCAUGUGACAAGGAUGACAGCCAAUCGCAUCAUGAGAAGAACCAAUCAUGUGACAAGGACAAGAAACUGUCAAAUGACAUAGCCAAAAAACAAUCAUGUGACACGGACAACAACCAAUCAGGAGAUGGGGACACAAACCAACUACAUGACAAGAAUGAGUCACAUGACAGCGAUAAGAACCAAUCAUGCAAUACGGACAAGAUAAAAUCAUGUGAUGAAGACAACAACCAACUACAUGACAAGGACAACAAUAAUUCACAUGACAUGGACGUAGACGCUCAACUUGUCAUGUAAUGCAUCUGUUUCCAUCCUGCUGUCAAUCAAACUGAAACCUUUGACAAUCUCAGGUGUUUAUAUGGCAUACAGAGCUAUAGUUGUAUUUGUAUUAUAUAUAGAAGGAGAUGCUCAUAUUUUAAAACACAAAUUGUGUCUGCUUUUGCUAUCCAAAAACCUCCAAAAAGACAUUCCUGUGUGCUCUUAGCUUGAUAACUAAAAUGGUGAAAAUGCUGAAGAUUAGCAUGUACACUGUUAGCUUAGUGUGUUAGCUUUAACUGCUGUUUUUUGAUUGUUUUCGAUUAGAUAUUUAUAUUUUUGCUCUGUAUUAUAUUCUGAAGAGUCUAUUUUCCUUCUUUAGAGGUUUCUAUUUUCCACCCAGAUACAUUUAAAUUUGGAUUUCCGUGUUUGUCUCUCAGACUCCGCCCCCUUGCGAGUCUCACGUCUGUCAAACUACCGGGGGCGGGGCCUUAAUGUCGCACGAGAGGGUGGUAUUGUAGCUUUAGCAUGGGGACUCGACAACACAGCUUUAGAUACGUUCCUCGGGUUGCUAUGGUUACGGACACCUUUAUAUAAUAUUUAUAUUCAUAAUUGUUACACCUGACAGUCUUUCAAUAAAUCUUUGGA